UGUCCCAAAGUCACCUAGAAAAAAAUGGCUGUGGCUUAGCUAAGGUUAAGCCCAGGAUGCGAAGCAUACUAGCCUUUAUUUUAGUUGUUGAACCACUGUUUAGCCUGGUGAACUGCUGUUGCUUGGCUAUAUUUGGUUCAGCUAGACGAAGAAACAACUCAUGCGUUACUCUGCUUCGCCUUCAAGAGUGGAACGCGACAGCGUUCCCGCCGACCCGCCAAGGGGUGAAAGACAAUGGGCUACGGCGCAGCGACUACGCGCCCCGCAUUGGACGCGGUGAGCGUCGAGCAACGCAGCGUUCGGCGCGGCAACGAAAUGUGCGCCUGAGCAAGCGACGCACGCCUGAGCCUUAGAAACAGCUCGUUUCUAAGGCAACACCGCAUUCACUAGAGGCCCUUUUGUACCGCUUUGAAGCAUCGUACUCGUGGCUCAGUGGUAGCGUCUCCGUCUCGCACUCCGGAGACCCUGGUUCGAUUCCCACCCAGCCCAUCUUGCAAGAGUUGAGCCAAAGCCACCUAGAAACAAGCGCAGCUGCUUAUAUACCGCCGCGACGCCGCGAGCGACGGCGCGAGUUGGAGCCCCGUUUCUCCUCUGUCGUGACGUCACGGUGUCACGUGGUCAGCCUUGAAGGCGACGCCGCGAGCGACGGCGCGAGUUGGAGCCCCGUUUCUCCUCUGUCGUGACGUCACGGUGUCACGUGGUAUUGAAGGCGACACCGCCGCGCCUGAGGAGCUGGGUUGAGCUCUAGCAAUAUGCUUCGCAUAAAAAUGUAAAGCCUCCGCAUCACCUCCUCUCCCCUGUCAAUACGUCACGAGAGUCGGAUGGUAGCGGUGGAUGGGGGAGCGCUGCGCUUCUAGAACGCGGCGCGCGUUCUGAAAACAAAUUUUCUCCGUGGCUGCAACGCUAGAGCGGCAACGCGUGGAGCAUUUGCUUGGUGGCUUUGGUGGGGCAUGCUGCACCGUGAACGCGAUUGCUUUUCUUCGAUUGUGCGUGGUUCGUCGUACACGGAAGCGCAACGAUGCCUGGCUGUUGUUGCGCACCAAACUGCAAGUCCAAUUAUGACGGAGGACAAAGUGUCCGAGUGCACAAGUUCCCAUCUGACCGAGCCACUCGGGAAGCAUGGACGAGAGUAGUUCCUCGGAAGGACUUCUCGCCAACGAAGUACACAGUGCUCUGUGAAAAGCAUUUCUUGCCAUCGGAUUGCUUGAAGACGACAUCUUACACGGACGUCAAGACAGGAAAAGUGGUCGAAGUUGCCAUGAAAAACAUCCGUCUGAAGAAAACUGCAGUUCCGAGCUUGUUUCCCAAUUGCCCUGCCUAUUUAUCGCGUCCGCAAGUGUGCGUUCGAGAAGCGCCGGCUGCCAAAAGAGCGCGCUUGGAAGCCACAUAUUUGCAAAAAGCAAUAAUGCUUUCUCAGCAAAUCCAAGCAGAAGAGGACGCCAAAAAUCUGGUUGGUAGCUUUGCGGACUUGCUGAAGGCCUUGCCAAGCUUUCAGUGUUCGGACUUCUGGACAGUUUUGAACAAGGGCUCCAAGGUUUUCUUUUUGGACUUGUCACUUCAAUCUGCUCCUGCAGUCCGUACUUCGGUGAUCGUGUCCACAGACCUGCGCGUCGAAGUAUUUUUUGGUGAAACGGGUGUGAGGAAGUGUGGUGAUGUUUUAGUUCCUGAAAAGCUGUGCGACUUGAGAGAUUUGAAAAGUGCGUUACACAUGAUCGAACAGACACGUAAGGAUAUCAGCACUGAGCGUUCUGAAAAGGCCCGUCAUCUACUGACAUUGGUUUCGACAUUGCUAGAGGAAGUAAGUGGAAAACAUUUCGCAUGCGAGUUGCAAGAAUGGCAUUUGGAAGUGCUUAAAUUCUUGAAGAGUCAAGUUGAUCUUGUUUUGAAUGAUGCUGGCCGAUAUCCCCCCGAUUUAUUGGUUUUUGCUAGCCUUUUGUUCACAAUUUCACCUCAUGCAUAUAGAUUCCUGAGAAGUUCGAUGAAGCUUAAGAUGCCGCAUCCUGAUACGAUCAGAAGACUGUGUUCAUCGUACGAUGUACGCCCUGAAACGGAGCAGCAAGAAUGUAGCUUUCUUUCCUAUGCAAAGCGUAUUGUAAGCACAUAUAAAGAGCAUGAAAAGACUGUAACGUUAAUGAUUGAUGAGAUUCACCUUCAAUCAUUUUUUGAUUACAAGGCUGGGUUGGUUACUGGUGCUGCGGUAAAUUCAUCGACUGCAGCAAAAACUGCCCACGUAUUUAUGAUACAGAGCCUGCUUUCUUCAAACAAGGAUGUUGUACACAUCCUUCCUGUGGCACAAAUCGAUGCUAAGGCGCUGCACGACUUCCUUCGGAAGAUUGUUCUUGAUCUAGAGGCAUCUGGUUUUAGAAUAAUCGCAGUGAUCUCGGACAAUAACUCCAUAAACAGAAAAGCCAUGUCCUACUUCGCUAAGCCGGCAAGUGUCAGCAUUGUUUACCAGCAUCCUGCUGACCCAUCACGACCCCUGUUUUUUGUGGUGGACCCAGUUCACAUACUAAAGUGUAUAAGAAAUAAUUGGCUGAAUCAAAGAAACAUUGGCAAAUGCAUGUACUUUCCUGAACCGAAGAGUGAUGAGGCUGAACCAAAGAUACUUACAGCAUUAAGGUAUUAUGCCAGCUGCACGAAGCUGAAAAGCAUGAGCUCUUGAAGCUAGCACCAACGCUCACUUUGAAGGCACUGAACCCCUCAAACAUGGAACGGCAGAACGUUAAAUUGGCCUUAAAGAUUUUUAACUCAUCUACUGUUGCUGCUCUCAGUGUUGCAACGUUCCAGCAUGCAAAGGAAACCUCUCAAUAUGUCGACACCAUUUUGACUUGGUGGAACAUUGUUAACGUCAAGACGCCAAGAAAAGGACAGCGGUUGCGAGAUCAAUUGCAAGGUCCAAUAGUUUCAUCGUCAUGUCCUCAACUAGAAUUCUUAGAGAGAAUAGUUCAAUGGCUUGAUCACUGGAGAAGCCUCGAACAUGACAAUGGCCGCUUGACACGUGAAACGCACAUAGCUUUCAGCCACACUACCCAUGCCUUGCACGAACUUGCCAUAUACUGUCUCAAAGAGCUUCAUUUCGAGUUUGUUCUUUUGGGCAAAUUUCAAACUGAUAGCUUAGGGGAUCACUUUGGAAAGUACCGGCAAUUGUCUGGUGCCAAUUACCCCGUGUCUAUAAGGCAGAUAUAUGAAUCUGAAAACAAAUUGCGUUUGCAGAAGAUUCUGGACCUGCCAGAUUUGGACAUUCUACUACCACCGAGCGCGAACACGUUGGAGACAAGUGUAGAUUCAGGAAACGGCCAGUUUCAAGUCACUGUGACCGACUCCGACAUUGAGAAAAAAGCGUCAAGACUACCGGCACUAACCUACGUUGCCGGCUAUUGUGCCCAUGCAGCUCUAAAAAAGCUGACAUGCGCAUCUUGCAGUGAAAGCCUUGUGAUGCAAGACGUCGAUCUAGAUGACCCUGAGAAUGCAUUAAUCACGAAGAUGACAAGGGGUGGCCUGAAGUUUCCACGAGCAGUUGUAGUUAAUGCUGUACUCUUUACUGAAAUUAUAUUGGACAAGCUCAGGACACCAGAAUAUGCCGUACGAUUUUUCAGCCUUCCUAGGCAGAAAGAUACUCUUGUCGGCCUUGUGUUCGCUACCCUUCAUGACUUUGAGGAUGUUGAUGUGUGUGAUUUCGGUCAUCCUGCACAGGAGGUAAUGGGGCAUGUUGUAAGUGCUGCAGCGAAUACACUGCUGAACAACUUGUGCCGCACAGAAAACGACAAAUUACGCAACGCCAAGAACGACCGAAAAUUGCAGACCUUGAAGGCCUGAGAUGUUUCUCAUUAUUUAUUUUUUGUUCAUGAAGCUCUGUUUUGUUGAACAUCUACGUAUGCUUGUGUUGACAGAACCCUUGUAAAAAGAAACCUGUGGCGUAGCUAGGACUUAUUUGCCUACAUUAUCAAAAUUUAAACCCUGCAUUUUGGCCAAUUCAAAUAUUAUUUGAGUGCAUUGUGCUACCUGUUUAUGAUUCGAACUCUCCAUGCUACCGCAAUCCAUUGCAUGUUUUCCUUUAGGACUGAGAGUAGGCCUCUCGUUUUUUACUUACUUUUCACCAUUAUCUCAGUAUUUUAUGAAGACCAAUAAGGCCUGCAAACAAGGCGGGUGGAAAUAAAAUAACCACCAGAAAUGGUACAACAAAGACGGAAGCUUAUUCUAUUUGAGAAUUAGUUGUGCGUGACCCUAUAAUAAUAAAAUUUUAACAAUAAAAUGAACCUCGAUAUUCGUGUGUCCAGCGAGGACUGUUUUACGCAAUGCAAGAGUGAGAAUGAUAAUUGUAUAUGGAAGAUUUAAAAUGUUUGUUUCUGAAUGCAGUUCUUAUCAUUUGUGAAUAAAGUAUAUUCUGUGUCUUCAA